AUGUCCGCCGCCCUGUCUCUCUUCCUUUCCGGCCUUCUGUUGGCGCCUUCGGUCAGCGCACAAGCGUAUGAUGCUGGAGAACGAGCCGACGAUGCCUUCAGCUAUAUCCAGCCGCUGAACACCACCAUCCUCGGCCCCUAUGGCCAUUCCCCGGCCGUCUACCCUUCCCCGAACACCACGGGCAGCGGUUGGGAGGAUGCCUUGGCCAAGGCUCGGGCUUUUGUCGCUCAGUUGACGAUUGAGGAGAAGGCCAACGUGGUCACUGGUCAGCCCGGUCCUUGCGUUGGAAAUAUUAUCCCCAUUCCUCGCCUCGGUUUCCAAGGUCUCUGCCUUCAAGACGGCCCUCUCUCCAUUCGUGUGGCCGACUAUGCUAGCGUCUUCUCCGCGGGUGUGUCUGCUGCCUCUACCUGGGACAAGGACAUUCUCUACGAGAGAGGCCUCGCUUUGGGCAAGGAGUUCCGGGCCAAGGGCGCCCAUAUUGCUCUGAGCCCCGUUGCUGGCCCCCUUGGAAGAAGCGCUUACUCUGGACGCAAUUGGGAAGGCUUCUCCCCGGACCCGUACCUGACCGGUGUUGCCAUGUACCAGACCAUCACUGGCCAUCAGGAUGCCGGAGUCCAGGCCACCGCUAAGCACUGGAUCCUGAACGAGCAGGAGACGAUGCGCAACCCAACUUUCGACCCCAACGGCACCUCCACCGACAUUGUCGAACAGGCUAUAUCUUCCAACGUCGACGACCGCACGAUUCAUGAACUAUACAUGUGGCCCUUUGCUGAUGCCGUCAAGGCACGUGCUGCCGCUUUCAUGUGCUCGUACCAGCGUAUCAACGGCUCGUACGGCUGCCAAAACUCCAAGUCUCUCAACGGCCUGUUGAAGACUGAGCUUGGUUUUGAUGGCUACGUCAUGUCUGACUGGGGAGCUACGCACACUGGUGUCGCUGCCAUUGAGGCGGGUCUUGACAUGGACAUGCCUGGUGGUCUUGGAACCUACGGAAUGAACUGGGCAAGCGGCUCUUUCUUUGGUGGCAAUGUCACCACUGCCGUCAACAACGGCACCCUCGAUGUCAGCCGCGUCGAUGACAUGAUCCUCCGCAUCAUGACCCCCUACUACUGGCUCGGUCAAGACAAGGACUACCCCACCAUCGACGCCUCGUCUGGCGACCUUAACACAUUCUCCCCCAAGUCCACGUGGACCUAUAAUUACACCUUCACUGGCGAGCGCAGCCGUGACGUCCGUGGCAACCACGGCGAGCUGAUCCGCAAGCACGGCGCCGCCGCCACCAUCCUGCUCAAGAAUGAGAACAAGGCCCUCCCUCUCAAGGCGCCAAAGUCCAUUGCUGUCUUUGGCAACGACGCCAGCGAGGACACUCAGGGCCUCCUCAACCAGAAUGACUUCGAGUACGGCACCCUCUCCUCCGGUGGUGGUUCCGGUACCGGUCGUCUCACCUACCUCGUCACCCCGCUCGAGGCCAUCAAGGCCCGUGCCGCCAAGGAUGGUGCUCUCGUCCAGCAGUGGCUUAACAACACCCAGCUCGCAACAACCGACAUCACCACCCUCUGGAUUCCCAAGCUUCCCGAGGUCUGCCUCGUUUUUCUGAAGACCUGGGCCGAGGAGGCCGCCGACCGCCAGCACCUCGAUGUCGACUGGAACGGCAACGACGUUGUUGAGAGUGUUGCAAAGAGCUGCAACAACACCAUCGUCGUCACCCACUCCUCCGGCAUCAACACCCUCCCCUGGGCCGAUCACCCUAACGUCACAGCCAUCCUUGCCGCGCACUACCCCGGGCAGGAGUCCGGCAACUCCCUCGUUGACGUCUUGUACGGCGAUGUUAACCCCUCCGCCAGACUUCCCUACACCAUCGCCCUGAACGGCAGCGACUACAACGCCCCUCCCACCACUGCUAUCAACACCACCGGCUCUUACGACUGGCAGAGCUGGUUCGAUGAGAAGCUCGAGAUCGACUACCGCUACUUUGACGCCCGCAACAUGUCCGUCCGCUACGAGUUUGGCUUCGGUCUCAGCUACACCACCUUCGAGCUUGCAAACUUCGAGGCCAGCCCCGUCGAGGACAACAUCACUAGCGUCCCCGAGCAGCGCCCCAUUGAGCCCGGUGGCAACCCUGCCCUCUGGGACACCAUCUACAACGCCACCGCCUCCAUCACCAACACUGGCGAAGUCGAGGGCGCUGCUGUUCCCCAGCUCUACGUCACCUUCCCUGCCGACACCACCCCUGCCGGCACUCCUCCCAAGCAGCUCCGUGGCUUCGAAAAGGUGCCCCUCGCCGCCAGCGAGACCAAGAACGUCGGCUUCCCUCUGAUGCGCCGCGACCUCAGCUACUGGGACGUCGUGUCGCAGCAAUGGCUUAUCCCUGCCGGCGAGUUCACGCUCAGCGUGGGCUGGAGCAGCAGAGACUUGAAGGCUUUCGCCAAGAUUACUCCGGUGCAGGCGUAA